AUGGUAUUUUCAAAACUUAUUUUUGUCCACUUCCAAGAAUUCCGACGGUUUGCGACGGAUUUUGAGACACAACGUGAGGUUAUUUCUGUUCACGUUGGGCAAGCCGGAGUGCAGAUCGGUAACGCAUGUUGGGAGCUCUAUUGUCUUGAACAUGGCAUCCAACCUGAUGGCCGUAUGCCUUCUGAUAAGCAAACACAGGACGACACGUCCUUCUCCACAUUCUUCUCCGAGACUGGUGCUGGUCGCCAUGUUCCGCGAGCUGUUAUGGUCGACUUGGAGCCUACUGUGAUUGAAGCUAGGACGUCCCCCAAAAGCGACGCGCAUUGUCCUCGUCCGGGCAAUGGUGCAAAUAUGCGAGGGCUACCGGCUAGAGGACGGAGCUGGCCAAAGAAAAAUAGCGUCACAGCGGUGGAUCGACUAUCGGAUCGCUUGAUGGCUGUAGAAGUAGAUACAGGAGAAGUGGAAUUGCGAGUCGUCUCUGCUUAUGCGCCACAGGCAGGCUGUAGUAAAGAAGAGAAGGCAAGCUUUUGGGAGGAUCUGGAGCAGUACGUCCAAUCCCUGGAAAGCGAAGAAAUACUUUUAAUCGGAGGAGACGUCAACGGACAUGUCGGUUCUCGAAAAGACGGAUUCGAGAGUUGUCACGGUGGAUACGGCUAUGGAGCUCGUAACGACGACGGUUUGCGAAUCCUGGAGUAUGCUGUUGCGAGUGACUUGAUCAUUGCUAACACGCAGUAUCGGAAAAGAAAAUCGUAUUUGAUCACGUACACCAGCGGCGGUCGUGAAACACAAAUAGAUUUCUGGAUGUUACGCCGACGAGAUCGUCGACUUCUGCAGGAUUUAAAAGUCAUCCCUACAGACCAUGUCGCUGCCCAACACCAUCUGCUCGUUAUGGAUUUGAAAAUCUCCCGUCCAAGGAGGAGACAUCCAAGGACUGAAACACAGCGCAUCAAAUGGUGGAAUCUGAAGGAUCGAAAGGAGGUAUUUUUCGCGUCCGUGGCUCCAUCUACAUUUCCCCACCCUACUCGUAGUGUGGAGAAAAUGUGGUCGCAUACUUCUAGCGUUAUACGCUUGAGCGCGGAAAACGCUCUGGGAAAGACGACUCUAGGUAAGCCAAAGAUACAAAAGGCUACGUGGUUUUGGAACGAGGAAGUUCAGGCGGCAAUUCGUGAGAAGAAGUCCAGGUAUAAGCUCUGGUGGAGGACCCGUCAGCCUGAAGAUCGGGGUGCUUACCUAGCGGCGAAAAGGGAGGCUAAGAAGGCAGUCUCCAAGGCGAAGUCAGACCGCUACAAGGCUGUGUACGACAUGCUUGAUACCAGAGAAGGCGAGCGGGAGGCGCGCGUCAUCGCUCAACGUUGGAUAUGGAGCACACCAAGAUCGUUAAGGGAGCUGAUGGAGCCGUUCUGCGCCGCUCUGGGUCCUCUUCUACCAAUUACUGCCGUCGAAGUCAGUGCUGCCCUCGCAAAAAUGAAGACGAACAAGGCAACCGGCCCUGAUGACAUACCUGCUGAUGACUGGAAGCUGCUAGGAGAUCGAGGGUCCGUGUGGUUCACAACUCUAUUUAACAAGAUCGUUUCAGAAGGACGGACUCCAGACGUUUGGCAAACUUCCGUGACCGUGACUGUCUGGAAAGGGAAAGGAGACAUUGCUUGCUGCACUUCGUACAGGACUAUACGACUGCUAAGCCAUACGAUGAAGGUUUUUGACCGUGUGCUGGAAGCUCGUCUGAGGAAAAUUGUUAGCGUUUCACUCAACCAGUGUGGCUUUGUGAAGGACCGCAGCACUAUAGAUGCUAUCCAUGCUGUCCGAAUCCUCCUGGAAAAACAUCGAGAGAAGAACCGCAGUGUUCAUCUUGCUUUCCUCGAUCUCGGGAAAGCUUUCGACCGUGUCCCACAUGAGCUGUUAUAG